AUGACUACUGAUAUAACAACUCCAUAUGCAAUUUACGGUUUCUUUCGUUCAUUUAGAAACUCACUACCUGACGAAAAUGAUUUUUCAGAUUUUGUUAGUACACUAAUUGUUACUCCAAUGCACGCAGUUGUAGAAAAUGUGUUACCGUUUUUCAGACGUUCAGUAGAUCCAAAUCUCUUCAUCAAAUUUCAAACAAUCAUGAGACAAAUUGAACAGAAUAGUGAUUUUGAAAGUACUUUUAUGAGAAUUUGUGAUGCUUUGGACAUGUUGGAAAAAGUGGAAGUUGCCCUUAAACAUGAUAAACGAUUAAUGGAUGGGUAUUUGAGAGCUAUGCAAUUUGAUAAUGCUUCUGCUAGUCAUCAACAAGUUUGGGGUGGUUUACAAAGAUUUUUGAACGAGGAGUGUGAUUUAGUUACAAAGAAACGUAUGGAAAAAGUUUUUGCUGAUCAGAAAGCAAGUGAUGAACUAGGAUUAUCUGAUGAUGUUCUUUCUACAGCAUAUUCACUUAUUGGUGAUGAUGAAUUAUAUAUUGAGAUCCUUGAGACACUUCAAUUAAACAAUCGUCAAAAUUUACCUUGGGAUACUGUUAUAUCAAAGAUUCAAAAAAUUACUGAUGAAAAGAAACCUCAAGCAUGGCCAAUGUUGCAUAAAUUUUUAGAGGAUGUUCAUACUGGUCGUGAACAAAGAUUUUGA